AUGGGAUUCAAAUUUGGUGUUAGUGGCCUUUUGGUGCUUUUUGCCCUUAGCUUGAAUGAGGCACAGCAUGCAUCUUGGCAGAAGCCUGUUCAGCAGGAAGCUCCUGCAUUUCAGAUGCCAAUACAGAAACCUGUGCAAGAGCCAGUGGAUUUUCAGUCCAAGCAAGUGCUGCAGGGUCCCGUUAAGGAGCUGGCUUGGAGCUUUCCAGAAGCUCCAGUGGAAGCAGAGAAGCCAGAGGUGGCAUUUGAAUUGAAAACGCCUCUUCCUGCUAACACUGUUGCGGUUCAGUGUGGUGAGAACAUGGUGCGGGUGGAGGUGAAGAAGGACCUCUUUGGCAUCAACCAACACAUCCAGCCAUCGGCUCUCACCUUGGGAGGUUGUGCUGCCGCUGAGGAAGAUGCAGCAGAUGAGGUCCUGAUCUUUGAAUCCGAACUACAGGCGUGUGGCAGUGUACUAACGAUGACUGAGGAAGAGCUCAUCUACAGCUUCAACCUUGUCUAUGCGCCAGAGCCUCUUGCUGGCACUCCAGUUGUUAGGACAGGUGGCGCUGUGGUUGGUAUCGAGUGCCACUAUUUAAGGAAACAUGAUGUAAGCAGUGAUGCCCUGAGACCCACUUGGAUCCCUUAUACUGACUCCAAGAUCGCAGAGGAACUCCUUAUUUUCUCCCUUCAGCUCAUGACCGAUGACUGGCAAUUUGAGAGACCUUCCAACCAGUACUUCCUGGGUGACUUCAUCCAUAUUCAAGCAUCUGUGAUUCAGUACAUGCACGUGCCCCUGCGUGUGUUUGUGGACAGCUGUGUGGCUACCACGGUCCCAGAUGUGAAUGCUGUCCCCCGUUAUCCUUUCAUUGACAACCAUGGGUGUAUGGUUGAUGCCAAGAUUACAGGCUCAGACUCCCGCUUCCUGCCCCGGGCCCAGCCUGACAAGCUCCAGUUUCAGUUGGAGGCUUUCAGGUUCCAGGAAGGCGAUGGCUCUAUCUACAUCACAUGCUUUUUGAGGGCUAGAUCAGCUUCGACUAUUACUUGUCCAGUGCACAAGGCUUGUUCCUUCUCUCCCAAUGGGUGGAUCACUGCAGAUGAAAAUAAUGGGGCAUGUGACUGCUGUGAAACAAGCUGUGCCUCCAGGAAGGGGAGAGAUGCACCGCUGGACGCAGGUAUCCAAUGGGAAGGUGAAACGUCCCUCCAUCUCGUUGUCAAGGAGAAUCCAUUCGAACCUGAAGCAUAA